CUACAGAAGCAUAUGAGAAUUCAUACUGGUGAAAAACCUUACAAGUGUGAUGUUUGUGACAUGAGAACACAUACUGGAGUCAAGCCUUUUAAAUGUGAUGUUUGUAGUAAAUCAUUUUCCAGACAACACACUCUAAAAACACACAUACUGGCAAAAAAUCUUUUAAAUGUGAUACACAUAUGA